UGUCAUCCUCAAAAUUCUGCUUUGCUUCACUUGUAACCAAUAUUCUAGCGCUCUAUGAUCUUUGCUUGUAACUUCUCAGUUGGACGAUUACACAGAUUACACACAGUUGUUUUUUUUUUUUGCCAUUUCGAUUGUAUUGGAUUUUUAUUUAUUUAUUUCUAAGUAGGAAUUUUCCUAAUGGAUUCCCAACGUAUUAAAGAGGAGCUGAAUCGUCUCCAUGCCCAAAAUCAGGACAUGAAGCACAUAAUGCAGCAGCUCCUUAGGGAAAACCUGGGGCGGAUGCAGUGCACCAGCUCCCAGACCUGCUUCCCGGCAUGCUUUCAGCAUCAGCUGUUUCACCCUCACCAUCUCCAUCCUCAUGUUGCGCCCGUGACGCUGCCAGAGUACAAUCCCGCAAUGCUCUGCGGCUCUCUCCAGCCCCUCAGAGCCGGCGUAGCGUCUGGUCAGCGUGACCUGUUGCCCUCCAUCACCCCUGCGUGUGCCCAGCAGCAGCAGUCCUGCCCCUCAUUCCCCUCUCUGCCCGCGGUGACCCAGGGCCAGGACCCGGUCCUGAUGCAGCGGUUGCUAGGUGACAGGCGGCUGUCUGCAAUUCCGCAACGAUGUGAUCCGCGUCCCCUAGGCAGGAAGAGUUUGGCCGGCGUCGAUCGCGCUCACCCACUGAUGCCGCUCCAUCACAAUAGAGUGCCGAGUGGCGUUGCCAAUGGCAGCAUGGCACCUGCUCCACCUGUCACCACCAAGGCAACGGGCGAAAGUCAAAGCAACAAGCCAAAGCAGAUCAAGGCCAGGCGCUGUAUCAGAACUGUCCGAGAUGCUGCCCUGAAAACCAGCAGUCACCAGGACAACAUGAGCAACAGUGACCAAAACAAUGGCAACGAUUGUCAACCGCCGGUUGCAGGAGAGCAGGGAACAGGAUACGGGGUGUGUGCAGGAGAGCAGGAGCAGGAUACGGAGUGUGUGCUGGACCCCCACGACUUCUUCCAGAUCCCCGAGAACCUCCGACUGGAGGCCCUGCAUGUUGCUGAGGAGAUCAGACUCGCAGGUCUCCGCAGUAACAGUGUCCUCAGUGGCAAUGCCAGCGCUUCAGACCGUGCAGGCAGUUCUGUGGGCAGUCUCAGCCCUGUGGACCUCAGGACCCCGUCGGCACUGCGCGCCCUUCCCUUCCUCAACACCCCCACUCCACCCAUUGCCCAUGCUGUCCCCGCCCCCCCACAGACAGCCAAGCACCAGGCAACCGAUCAGAGCCGGUUCGUCAGUAGACUGCCCCGCUUCAAAAAGAAGACAGCUUCACUUAGUGUGGCCACUGCUGUGACAGAGCAAAAGUCCGUGGAGUGUCUGGCAGUGAAAGAGGAAGUGAAGGCGUGUAAGGAGGUAAAGAAGAAGAGAGUGAUAGUGGAGAAACAACCCAGCAACACCCAGCAGACCAGGGAGCUCCCAGAGCUGGCCAAACUGGCCCCUGUGUCCUGCCCAGAGGAGGCCAUCCUGCAGGCCUUCACACUGCUCAGAGACGAGGACUGGCAACAGAAGAUCGAGGGUCUGACCUCCAUCAGGUCUCUGUCCCAGCACCACGCUGAGGUGCUGCUGCCCAGGCUGCAUGACGUGUGUCUGGCCGUCUACCAAGAGGUGAAGAACCUGCGCUCUAUGGUGUCCCGUGCUGCUAUGAUCACGCUGGCCCACCUGCAUGCUCACCUGGGGCGAGGCAUGGACGCGGAGGCCGAGGGCACAGCCCAGACGCUGCUCCCUAAAGCAGGAGAGGCCAGCAGCUUCAUCAGGGAGGACAUGGAGCUGGCACUGGGGUACAUGGUGCACAACGUCACCCCCUCUCGCAGCAUGAACGCCCUCAUCAACGCUGGACUCAGGCACCGUAACGCGGCCGUGAGGAAGACCGCCGCACAGUUCCUGGAGAGACUGGCAGAGGUCAUGGGGGCAUCUCGCGUCCUGUCUGGCAAAAAGGACCUGACUGACCGCUUCGUCCGGUCCAUCAGCUGCCUGGCCCUCGAUAGUGCACAGGAAGUUCGAAAUAUUCAUUGA